UAUAUUAACUAGUUUUCAGCCAUUGUUAGUUUUAACAAGACCGCUUUAUAAAUCACACCAAACUGUAUUCUCGCACUGUCCACAAACAAAUCCUUUGAUUAUUUAUUUAUUUUGACUUGUACUACUGUGAAGGUAUUGCCCUCGUCAUUCUUUCUACGUUUGAAUUUACCGCGUGAAGUCGCGGGAAAAUAUGCAGCUAUCUGACUGGACAAACAGACUUAUUUUUGUUCCGCUAUUCCCUCGACACCCAGAUCCAUUAUGAGACGGUAAACUUUAAUAUAACCUUAUGUAGAUCGUUGUAUUAAAUAUUUCAGUAUCACGGAUUCUACACCGAUCUCCGUGAAACCGGGACUUUUUCUCCAGCAACAUUUGCGCAAGCGUGGAAAAAUAUUAUUCUCAUAGAAACCAUGACUAGCUAGUAGCUAGUGCUGCUAGCUAGCUAGCAAGAGAAAUAACAAUGGAGCUCCCAGUGCAAGGUGAAGAUGCAGCCAGUGUUAACCGAGUGGUGGAGUCAUGGGACCAGCUACCUGAGCAGUCUUCUAGUUACUUUCUAGGGUCACUGGGACACCUGCCAACCUUGUCUGAGGCUGCUUGUCCACAUAUGGGGGCACAUAGCCCUGAAAGACACUCAAGCACUCAGCUGGUAGCUGAUGGAUUUGAAUCUUUACAGCUAGAGUUUCAGGACAGCCGUUUAUCACCGACACUGACGCUGUUUCCCCAGGGGAAGCCCUUCAUAUUUUCUGAGUCCUCUCUCCUUCAUCAGACAGAUUCAGAAUUUGUUCCCCUGAGGGGGUCUCCUGAUCUGUCCAUCGCUUCUGAGAGGUGUCCUCAAUUGUCACACAUGCAUGUAGAUGGAGAGUCUGGCUUACCAAACACAUCCCAUGAACAGGCCUCGCUAUCCCAGCAUCCUUUAGGAGAGACUGCUGUCAUUUCAAAGGAUUAUGAUAGCUGCUGCUCACUUUCACAGCACAGCCUGUCACCUGAAAGCCAUUACCAGGUAGCACAGGUUCAUGAUGAACCGGGGAGUGGACUGGAAAACAAGAGUGAGAGGCAGAUGGAGCGAGAGGAGCACAUGGAUGCUGAUUUGGAUAGAGGAGAGACUGCUGUGUGCACUUUAAGUGGUGGUGCUCCUGCUUGCUCCUUGCUGGAGCUUGCUGGAGAAAAGGAUGUUGGUAUAGCCGGCAGUACUACAGUCUCUUCUGCCUCUGAAACUGCUCUUAGUCAGACUGGAGCUGUAUUAAACCAACUAAUUUCCCCCCAAUGUCAGUCUGAAAAUUAUGUCCUUACCAAUAAACAAGCUUCUAACAAUGCCUGGGUGGAAGAACAGCAGUCCAGACCGGCUGGGAGUAGAGUGCAGCCACAAGGUCAGUCGUCUCAGAUAAACACUGUAGGGAGAGUUACCAUGUCAUCUUCCCCUCAUACAUCUGUCAUGUCAAACAUUACUGUACACUCCUCGAGCAUGCAUCCAGAUCACAUUUUUGACCCUACUCAAAGAGUGCUCCAGUCUUACAGCCACAGUGAUGGUACUGUCUCUACAAUGGGCAAUAGAAACCAAACUGGGAAAACAGACAUUCCAAAUGCACUGUACGAUACUCCAGCCAGUGGAGGUGUUGUGUGUGCAGCAGGGCUUCAGAGACCACGGUGGAGCCCUGGUAGUCAGACAGCAGCAGAUGGCUCCUUUUUAACUUCUCAACCUGUAUCUCAGUCCACACCUGCGGUGUUCACUGCAAGAUCAACACCAGCCCUGACCCCACUCUCUCCUGUAUAUUCCUAUCAGGACACUAUGGCUAGUGCAGCCAUGUCAGCACUUAGUUCAAACGGUAGCGCCAAACCGAGCCAGAUGCUAGUACUGAACCUGAGCACCACAGACCGUAAAACUCUUCCUGGAGGUUCCUUGGACGCAUUGCAGGCCCACACAAAGUCUCACAUCCUCCCCUUUAAUCGUGAGGUGCCAUGUGACCAAGAAGCCCCUUCCACUGAACUAGAUGAACCCUCCUCUUCCUGUGAGCGAAUACCUCCUUAUCCACACACCUUAGACACUCUCCCACCAGCCUCUGACGGGGAGCUUAAAAAUCAGAUGUCUAUGCAGUCUGUAGGAAGAGUGUGUUCUCUUCCCAGCCUCAGCUACGUUCAGAAAGUUGAUGCUUGGAAGGCUGGUCAUGAUCAUUAUGAUCAUGUGGCCUCGCAGGGGUUUGACGGUAUACGUCCUCAGAAGAAAGUGCAGAACGCUGUGUCUGAAGCACAAAGCUGUAUUUUGGCACAACAAAGUGCCCAGUAUCAGAGUGAGACAGUGUCAGCAUCCAACAUCAGUACUGAGGACUCUCAGACAGGUGUCGGCUCAUCUAGGUGUGGAGAUGUGGUGGAGGCAGGAGGAGGUGCGGGACCUGCUUCAGCUUCUCCACUUGUCUUCUCCCACUCUUCUCUGAGCACAGUUGUCACUUCCAUCCAGCAGGAUGGAGCUCAGCACAAUCUACCAUUUCAGCUGGCACACUCCAACGACAUCUCUCCAGGUUUGGGCUCAGCUGGGGCAGAACUGGCACGGCUCACAGGCGGAGCAAGUGAACUGAGCCUGUCUUACGGGUCGGCAGCAGGCCCUGUAAAGCCCUCUCCUUUUUUCGGUCCAGAUACAUUCAGCAACUUGUCCCCAAACCCUAACAUGAGCAGCACACUUUCUAGCUCUCGGGGCAGUUACCAUUGUGAGCAGAAUUUGGGGGCGUCAGUGGAUGCAGCUUCUUCUGUCGUCAGUCUAGAAGUGGACAACUAUGCCCCCUAUUGGACUUCCAGACCUAGCUCCCCACCACAAGCAUUUGAGCUGAACAUCGACGACAGGAUUCCUCUAUACCUUCAUAACUUGGGGAUUGAUCAGUCUCCUUCAACAAUCCUAAAUCCAUUUGCUCUUCGUGGACCCAUCAGAGAACCUGAGUUUUCUCCUACUGAUUUGUGUACAAUCAAAGGCUCAGUAGGAACAUCCACCAAGAGCGCACAACCAUCUGAAGGUGACAGUCCUCAGAAGGAGACUUUCUCUAGUUCUAGUAUGCUCUCUACAGAUUCCAGUGGUUCUUUAACACAGAGGCUUGCGGUUCAGAAACCAGACCGACCUGCUAGUCAGGGGAGUGUCAGGAUGGUUCGUUCUCAGGCACACACUCCACCUGAACAUCAAACUCCAACAUGUCCAUUCAGUGUUUCUCAUGAAUCUGACACACCCCAGCGGGAAGGCAGUUAUGGCCAGCUAAGCUCAGUGAGUGUACUGCCUCAUGAGGCCUUGUUGGAAGUCAAAGAAAGCAACUCAUCUUUGGUAGGUUCUAGGACCCUACAGGAGAUUAGGCAUUUGCUUAGGCAUGCAGGGAACCUGGUGUCUGGUCACUCUUCACUGGCUUCCUCACCUGGAUCACACAGUUUCUCAGAGAGUGAUGCCUCCUUCCUGUCACUUAGGCAGAAUACACAGUUGUUCUAUGAUGACUCCUCUUUGUCAGUUGGUGGAAAGGUCUCCUUGCUGCUGGCUCGCUCUUCCUCAGACUCUGCUUUGAAGGAAAGCUCCUCAUCCUCCUUUGGACUUCUUCAGCUGUCCAGUCAGACUGAUCAUAUAACCACAGAGCCUUCCAUGCCCUCUCAGAACACACAGGAAAAUCAUAAGUCACGUGACCUUCGUGUGGCCCCAAGAAGGGCAGAGCCUGAGGGCUGCAGUGCGGCAGACCCAGACAAGAUGGGCCCAUUGACCCUGACACUCGUGCAGGGGAAUUCCCCUGCAGCAUCAGAGGAUCACCUGCAUAGUCAGGAGAGUGCACAGAGUUCUGGGGUUAACUCACCUGAGAAUAGCCCCACCCACAGCCCAACAGAGGUGGAGCUUGGUGUUUUGAGUGAUGGCAGCAGUGAAGGUUCAAUGGCUGCCAAGGUGGCUAAGCUUCUACAGAGUGAGUCACCGGUGUCUGUGAUUACCAGCCGGCCAAGUACCUCUGACCCAGAGGAAAGCCGUGCUAGAGAGUGGAUCUUCAUGAAGGCGUCUGGUCAAAAGUGUGAAGCCAUAAAGCUUAAUGCAGAAGAUAGAAAGAGAAUUGAUGAGAUCAAAAGAGAACUUCUGCUCUACACUAAGCACACCAAGUGGAGCUCAGACUCUGAAGGCAGUUCCCAGUCCAGCGUUCUCCCUCAGCCUGUGGUGGGCUCUGCAGCAAUGCGCAGUGUGGAGACACAACUCUCUGAGCAGCUAUGGAGAGCUAAUCGGAUCCCGCUGGACUCCACUGUUGAGCCACCCAUAGCCUUGCAGGACGGCCUGGAAGCCAGGGUCCGUCAGAUCGCCCUCAGGGAGGGCAUCACUGGCCCCGCGCCACACACUUCCAUCACUAUAGCAACUAUUCGACAAACACCCUCCCCCCAACAUGAAACCCAUUGUCUGCAUGUGCACGAUGACCUCGCAGGCACUGUCUCAGAGCAGGAGCGCAGCUGCAGCCCCACGCACACAGCCCUGAGAUCAGCUGCCAAUGAGGGUAGAGAGCAGGGCCUUGUUGGUAACGGAGGAACAGAGAUGGAAAGGAAGGGGAUAAUGGUUGAGGACAAGAAGAGGAAUAGUGAAGACAAACAUCAUGAGACUAAGAGGACUGAUCCAUCAGCAAUUCAAGAGGUGGCUCUUAAAGAUGUCCCCAGCAGGCAAGAGAUGCCACCAAGUUUGGUGUUCAGUUCAGUUCCUUCUGAUCCACCUCACAUUUCCCACAUCCACCUGACCAUUUCACCUAAACCACAGCAAAGCACCAGCCAAAGACCUCAGUUACAUGCUGUGGAUGCAUGCAAUGAGCUGCAGACUGACACACGCAUAAAUCAGACAGACAGAAUGUGCAGUCAGGACACCUUGAGAAGCUCUGGAACCUGUGCAGAAGAGUAUGCCUCAGUGCCUAGUGAGAUCAGCUCAAAUAAAGGAUCAAAUACAGGCCAGGGCACGACCACAGGAACUGUUAGCAGCUAUUCCCAGAUCAGCUCCAGAUACCGACAGACCUUUACUCCCCACACAAGACUGGCUGGGCCAGAGAGACUUCUGUCUGUUCACGCAGCACCAGUUCCAACCCUGUUACCAUAUAAACCUCAAGGAAGUUCGGAGCUUUUCUACAUGCCACAGACCGACGCAGAGCUCUCUCAUUUUCGCUCUGAUACCAGCAUUGAGAGUUCCCACCCAGGGUCCGAUGACGCUGUGCCUCCUCGCUUCACCGCCGAGGUACUUGGCUCAAGAGAGAUCGAGGACAGGAACAUUACACCAAAGCAUAAAGAAGGAAUUUACAGCAAGAGGGUCAAAAUGAAAAGAGAAUCCACUAGCCCUGGAAGAGGCCUUUGUAUCUCUAAGACUUCAGCUUGUAAUGAAAGCAACACUGUUACUGUUCAUACUACCUCUGUUGGUUUUGACAUGAACCAAGGGGCCAUGGUUUGUGCAGAGGAGGAAGAGUUUGUUCCCUUGCACAUGGAGGCUGACUACAGCACAGAUGACCUUCACCACCGUAGCCUUAUGGGACAAAUGCAGAACUUGGCAGCAGAUACACUCCCUAUGUCUGUCAGGGAGGAGGAGCAGGGAGUGAAGACUCAAGACUGUGUAGUGGAGAUUGGCAGCUCUCUUGACCAGUUGUGGCAUCGUUUCAGUUUGCGGUCGAGCCUGCAGGAGGAUUGGCCUGCUAAUAAGGGAGAAGUGUCGCUACUGGAGAGACUGGAGCGCUUGUCCCGCCUCCUGCACAGCUCCUCCCCAUUACGCAUGACGGUCAAAGAGGCUUGUGGCCAGGAGGAGAGAAGCAAGAGCAGUAGGAGGGUACAGGAGCUGAGGCAGACAAAAGGACAAGAGGCUACCAGGAGAGGGGAAGAGGAAGAGAGAAGUAAAGGGAGAGUACUUCCAAAAACGUCAUGUGAGGAUGAGCCUUCCAGGACCAAUCACACAAUAGAGGAGGACGGGCAAGAGAAUGCUUAUCGGUGUCCUGCAGAGAGAGACGAGUCUACCAGUGUGUCUGCGGAGACAACCAGCAGCCAAUCCACCAUCAACACACAGCGUUUGCUCAGAGCUUUCGGACCGCACAGGGUUAGCAGUGGAGCAUCAGAGGUCACUAGAGGUCAGACCAGUAGCAGCCUGCUCAGACUUUACAACACCAUCAAUAAGCAGAAACGAGAGCUCGGCUCUGGCAUCUCGGAACAUCCCCUCUCUGCCGCCACAGAGAUCAUCAGCACAGAUGAUUCCACGGCCUCAUCUGGUCCUUUAUCAUCUUCAAAAACUCGUAUACUCCACUCUCAAAGAGGCACCACACGCAGCUUUAGUGCCAAGAGGUCAAAGGUCAAACUGGUCAGCAAAGGAAUACAAGCAGGCGACCUGGAAAUUGUGGUAAAUGGCACCCGCAGACACACACGGGAUGUGGGCACUACCUUCCCCUCCCCAGGCAGUGGCAGAGAGACCAGGGUUCCUCUUCCAGAGCAGCAGGCCAGUAUCCCUGGACCCGCAGUAUCUAACACCGUCCCAAUUCAGCCACACACCAUGCUGAAGAGAGAGGGCCACAACAAGAGCAACCAGAUCCGCUAUCCAAACGGGGUCUCGUGGUUUGUAUCUGCUAGCGAGCUGAAGCGGGCAUCGCAGAAGGAGAAUGAGCCCCAGGCCAAGGUUUUGUGGCCUGCAGGCCCUGCCUGGUUCGAGCCCUACAGCAGGACCCAUCCCUGGAAAGAUCCACUGAGGGACCCACUCAGAGAGAGGCACAUUCAAGUGGAGCAAGAGAAGCCCCCUGAGCCCAAAGCCCUUGCAGAAACCAACAGUAGCAAGCCUUCUGCCCUGGUCCCUCUCUCUCUGCAGGAAGCACUGGAGUUGCAUCGGCCGGAGUUUGUGUCCCGUUCUCGAGAGCGGAUGAAGAGGUUGUGCCUAGUGGUGGAGGAGAGGAAGAUGCAGGCUCUCUUCAACCAAGAGAGAGAUGAGCUCUUCAAUCACCCUGCUCCCACCCAGCUCCCCACAGCAGUUCCAGCUACUCUUCCCAGUAAGCGAGUCAUUCCAGUGAGGGAGAUGGUGCAGAGAUCCAAGCGGAUUUAUGCCCAACUCCCAGAAGUUCGAAAGAGGAGAGAGGAAGAGAGCAGGAAAGCAGAAUAUCGCACAUACCGCCUCAAUGCCCAGCUCUUUAACAAGAAAGUUACCAACCAUGUGCUGGGAAGAAGAGCACCUUGGCAGUAACCUCAGAAUAUAUCAACCUGUGUCUUAAAUGGCAAAGUUGCUUUUAAUCUCUACAGCCUUAUUAUGAUAUAAUGAAUUAAUUUGAUCAAUGUGAGCACUGAUACCACUCUGGAGAUGUGAUGUUACAUGUAAGGACAAAAUUAAUUUAUAAUAGUUUUACAAUAGUUUUUUUUUCUUGUAAUGUUUGUUUCUUUUAAAUAAAACAAUC